AUGAACGACCAGGCUGCCCCCCACGCCAUGCGGCGUGGCACGGAGGGUGUUCGCCCCGACUCACUCCCCGCCCCGGACACGUCGCUGGGGAAGAAGCUGGCAGGAGGAGCCCUGGUGGGCACCCUGGCGGUCUUUCUGGCCGCACGAGGUCUGACGGGACCCACAUCCCUGGAGCAGCUCAAAUCUGAUGCUGUGGAUCUGGACAUUGCCCUGACAAAUGGCAAGCCCACGCUCAUCGAGUUCUAUGCCGACUGGUGCAAGGUCUGCCAGGAGAUGGCCCCUGUUCUGACAGAUGCCAUGGACUCCGCCGCCUCUACGGCCCCCACCCGUCCCCCCGGGGUCAACCUGGUCAUGCUCAACAUCGACAACUCGCGCUGGACGCAGGAGCGCCGGCAGUACCACGUGCGCGGCGUCCCGCAGUACCAGUUUCUGGAUGGCCAGGGCCGCGCCAAGGGCGCGCUGAUCGGCAAGAUCCCGGGGCUCGCCCUGGUCGCUGACCUGGAGGCGCUGAAGGCGGGGGAGGAGCUGCCCUUUCUGAGCGCGGCUGGGGAUGCCGCCGAUCUGGACAGUGUGGCCCCCACCUGA